AUAUCAAGCCCAUCUUCCUGUGUGAUAAAUCUGAGAGUUCCUCUGUGACCGGAGUCUUGGGAGGCUCCUUCACUGGUGGCUUGUUUAUGGCUAAAGAGUUGUUGCUGAUUUAACUGUGGUUGCUCACCGGUGGGGAACCCAUGAGCGGCUGCCUGGAUUGCUCCCCACAUCUGCUUACGCUGCAAAAUCACAGCGCUGCCAUUACCACCACUGGAGUAAUUACUACGCCUGACACGCAGGGCCCGUCUAAUGCGUGUCAGAUGAGGGCCGAUGGUUAGGAUUCGCUGUCAGCUCUCGACAGAAACCAAUAUCCCUGAAUUUCAUUUUUACUCUUUGUUGACUGAACAUUCAGGAAAUCCCCUCCUUUUUCAACAAACAACAAGGAGAAUAUAAUGAAUUUAGUCUGUUUUAGACAUGGAAAAGUCUGUGGCUUUUUGCUGAAGAUUUAAAAAACAAGUCGCUUCGGAAGAUGCCAUUCAAAACAAACACUAAAGGCUUGUUUUCAGGAGGCAUUCAAGAAACGCUAGGAGACAUACUCACGGCGAGGUGAGGUUUUGGUGGUUUUCAGAGAUAUUUUUGGGACUUUGCCACAACUCAGGAAGAGAUUGGAAGCCCUGCAGCUGACCUCUCCGCUGUGAUAAAGCCGCCUCACCGCUCUCUCUCUCCUCUUGCCCUGACUGUGUCAACGGAUCAAGCCAAGGAGGACAGGAAGAUACGUCUACGCUUCCCAGAUAGUGUUGGCCAGAAGUGGGUGAAAGGUCAGAGAUGGUUGGAAGGGUUUUGGGGGCAGCCUCUUGGAGACAAAUAAAGGCAGAAGUGUGAGGGAUGCGGGUACUGGUGGAUGCCCGAGACAAACUUGGCGUUUCCUGGCAGAACUCAGAGAACGAGAAGCAUGGCAUGUUUGUGAUGUCCUUUGAGAACAAAGCAGGCAUGCCCGUUGAACCCUGUACCUUUCAGCUAUACGUCCCGGCCCUGCAGGCGCUCUGGAAUGACAGUGGCAUCCAGGAAGCCUACGGCCGACGGAGUGAGUUUCAGCUGAGUGAAUCAGUGAAAUAUUUCCUGGACAACUUGGAUCGGAUUGGCCAACUGAAUUAUCUACCAAGCCGACAGGACAUCCUAUUGGCCAGGAAGGCCACCAAGGGAAUUGUGGAGCAUGAUUUUAUCAUUAAGAAGAUCCCUUUUAAGAUGGUAGAUGUGGGUGGCCAGCGCUCUCAGAGACAAAAAUGGUUUCAGUGCUUUGAUGGCAUCACCUCCAUCCUCUUCAUGGUGUCCUCCAGCGAGUAUGACCAGGUGCUGAUGGAAGACCGGCGCACUAACCGCCUGGUGGAGUCCAUGAACAUCUUUGAGACCAUAGUCAACAACAAGCUCUUUUCCAAUGUGUCCAUAAUCCUCUUCCUCAACAAGAUGGACCUUCUGGUGGAGAAGGUACGCAAAGUCAGCAUUUGCAAGCACUUUUCCGACUUCCGGGGAGACCCUCACCGACUGGAGGACGUGCAAGCUUAUCUAGUGCAGUGCUUCAACCGCAAACGUCGCAACCGCAGCAAGCCACUUUUCCACCACUUCACCACUGCCAUUGACACUGAGAACAUUCGCUUUGUCUUUCAUGCCGUCAAAGAUACAAUUCUUCAGGAGAACCUUAAGGACAUAAUGUUGCAGUGACAUUUACAGUACUUUGAUCUGUUUUUGCCAUUGUUUGAGUCCAAUUUCCAUCCUAUCGCAGGAGGAUGUGCCAUCUGGACU